CCAGCUACGUAGGGCGAGGCAGCUAGCUGUACGUCUUGUCUCACAAUCUUUUGCUGAACAAUGUUCGUCGUCGUCGUCAAUACCAGCGCGCGUUCCCUUGACAUUGAUCCACGACGACCGCGCGCGGCUUUUACGGGGUUAAGUCUUCGUGACCUGUAAAGCUCCCCGAUUCCGUAUGCACUAGAGUAUGCGACGACUACUUUACGUUCAUUAGUUCCAUUAGUCUUGACUUCUUCUUUCCCCCCUCCCCCACCCAAGAGAAUGUCAUCGUUCCGUCGGUGAAUUCACGUAGACUCAUAAUCCUCUCCUCCUCCCUCUCCUCGGCGCAUACCUUUGUGCCUAAUACUAUUCGGAUACUAUACUCAUAGACCACCAUCUCGUUGGACAGGAGAGAGUGCCUCACACUAAGGCUGGUCCGCUAUCAAUAGACGCAACCCCCAAAUACUAUAGAAUCUAGAUGCGACAACGAGGACAUCAAGCAGCAGCGGCAAUGACUCCGGAAACGAAACCCCUCCUCGGGGACGAGUCUCUCAGCCCGCCAGCACACUUUACAUCCGCCCUCUCACUCACCACCACCAACAAGACCACCCCAGCCCGCCUCCCGCAAGCAAUAGCCCACCGCGGCUUCAAAGCCCAAUACCCCGAAAACACCAUCCUCGCCUUCCGCGCCGCGCUCGACGAGGCAGGCGCCCACGCCCUCGAGACGGACCUGCACCUCUCGCGCGACGGCGUCGUAGUGCUCUCCCACGACGGGAACCUGAAGCGGUGUUUUGGAAUCGAGGAUACGAAAAUCAACGAGUGCGAUUGGGAUUACCUUAAAACGCUUGAGACGGUUAGGGAGCCGAGGCAGAGGAUGCCGAGGUUGGAGGAUCUGUUGGGGUUGCUUUCGGAGGUGGGGAGGGAGGGGGUUUGGGUUUUGCUUGAUAUCAAGACCGACGACCCACCAGCACAACUCCUCGGCCGCGUAGCCGACGUCCUAGCUUCCACGCCGGGCCCCGUACCGUGGAACGAGAGGAUAGUUUUUGGAUGCUGGAACCAACCCUACAUCACCCACGUCCGCACAAUCCUCCCAACCUACCCAAUCUCCCUCAUCUCCUGGUCCCCCCUCUACGCCCGCAACUUCCUCACGCCGAAACAGCCCAACCUCUCCUUCAACAUGUUUCAAAAGUCCCUCGUCGGGCCCGUCGGCAAGCUGUUUAUUCGGGACGUGAAGAAACAUAACAGACAGCUGUUUGUCUGGACGGUGAAUGACGAGGAGUGGAUGGAGUGGAGUGUUCGUGCCGCUGCGGACGGGGUGAUUACGGAUGAUCCGGAGUUGUUUCGGGAGGUUUGUCGACGGUGGGAAGGGAAGGGUGGCGCUGCUUCUGCGUCUGCUUCUACAUCUGGGUCUGGGUCUGCGUCGGCUUCGAGAGAGCGUGGUGAAAUUACGCUUACAGACGAGGAGGAUGAAAAGGCGAGAGUUGCUAGACGAACGGGCCGGGUGCGCGACGGUACGUGGAAGAGGACUGCGAGGUUGUAUCUCGAGGUGGCGGGGAUACAGGUCCUCGUGGCUGUGUUUACGCCUAUUCUGAUGCUGGUUGCGCGGUUCGGGGUCGUGGGACCGGGGCCGAAGGCUGCCAAGGCGUUGAAGUUGUGAGAUGGGGGGUGGGGUGUUUGGGACGAUGUAUUGUCGCUGUUUUCUAGAAGCUGGUUAGGUUGAUGGAUCUCGUGGGAUAGAGAAAGACUACGGAAGAGAGAAGUGAGUCUAGAAGAAGUACGAACCUAGGGAUAAGAGGGGGGAGAGGGUAGAGAGUAGAGUUGAGUCGGAUGAUGACUAUGAUGCAAGUCUAAAGAAAGGAGUUUGCCUCAAUAGCGAGAGGGAGAGGGAGCAACAGAGAUGGCACUAAUUACCUAUCCCGAGGUGAGAUAAGGAGCCAGGCGAAGUCCUGCAGAAGAUUCUAGAGCUCAGCAAUGGAAAGACAUAAAUAAACAUAUUCCUCUAGA